UCUCUCGCCUUAAUCCCUCUCCUGUUGGCGCCAGGGUAUAUGAGGGAGGGGUGCACCCGGGCCGCACACAUUCUUUGAGUGAGGCUCAGCGUAAGCAUCAGCAAUCAUGUCUAGUGACAAAUCCAAAUCCUCGUCCCAGACUGAUGGGAAGGCCGCUCAGAGCAAGAAGUCAGAGAUCGGUCUGACUUCCUACAAGAUGUUGGUGUUCGACCAGGAGAACUUCCAGGGCCGCAUGAUCGAGAUCAGCAGUGAGGUGAUGAACAUCUGCGAGCUGGGCAUGGAACGUGUGCGCUCCCUCCGUGUCGAAAGCGGCCCCUUCGUGGGCUUUGAGCAGAUAAACCUCUGUGGUGAGAUGUACAUCUUGGAGAAGGGUGAGUAUCCUCGCUGGGAUUCCUGGAGCAACUGUCAGAAGAACGACUACCUACUGUCCUUCAGGCCUGUUCGAAUGGACCCCGAUAAACACAAGAUCUGCCUGCACGAGUUGGGAGAGUUCAAGGGCCGCAAGAUGGAGAUCAUGGAUGAUGACGUCCCCAGUCUGUUCUCUUACGGUUUCACUGACAGAGUUGGCAGCAUCAUCGUUAGCUGCGGAACCCUUGUGGGAUAUCAGUUCCCUGGCUACCGUGGUAGCCAGUACCUACUGGAGAAGGGCGAAUACAAGCACUUUAACGAAUACGGCGCCCGCACCCCUCAGCUGCAGUCCGUGCGCCGUAUCCGCGACAUGCAGUGGCACCAACAAGGCUGCUACACCUUGGCCAGCAAGUGAGGCUCGGGGAAGGAGAGAAAGAGAAAGACCGGAAGUGAGGGAGAGGGGCGUAAGAAGAGGAGAAGGGGAAGAGAUGUCUGAGGCCUUACCUGACCACCUUUAACGGUCAAAAGGGGGAAGUGUGAGAGUCUUCGAGACCUGGAUCUCGUGGAACAGACCUCCAUUCCUCACUGUCCAUGUUUCUCUUUCUCCCCUCUGGGCUGAUCUUACUUUCUCCCCUAUCUCUCUUUUUUUUUUUUUAAUUUGUUGUCCCUAUCUUCAUUCCCUACAAAGCUCUGAAGAAGGAACAAGAGACACUGCCCUUUUACACAAGAUUUGUGGUUCAAGGUACAACGCACCAUGGGAAACUGAGUCUUUAGCACUUCCUGCUCUGGCCCCUGUACAUUGCACACACACAUACUCUGCUGUACAGAAUCCUGGCUGAGUUUUCAAUAAAAGCAAUGUUGUUUGAGA